AUUCAAGCCAAGAGAGAGAACUAUAUAAGCAUAUAUUUGUAUCCAUUUUGGCUUGAGUUGUCAUUUGCAGAAGAAGUGACAUGGCUUGCUCAAAGUCAUAUGAUUUGUACCAUGGUCUGGGGCUAUUUGUCAUUAUCAUUUCUCCAGUUUUUGCUCAUGUUCCGCCUGAUGUUGAGGCUACUAACCCCGGGAGAAAGAUGAUAUUGGAUGAUCGUAUCAGUUUGGAAGAAUUCAUGAGAGCCGUACAUUUCUUAGGGAGUAGGAUGAAGGGUAACAUGGUGAUUCCCCCUCGUCAAACUGCGGAAAUGGCAUCUGACAAACUAAUGCUGAGUGGAUUGUUAUUUUUUGGUUUUCACGGAGCAUUGGCUGAAGAAAGGAAGCAGGGCCAGAAGUUCUUGGUCGAUAUAGAGGCUUGGAUUGAUCUCAAGCCACCUGGCAAAUCUGACAACAUGUCUGAUUCGGUUGAUGAUGCAAAAAUAUAUGGGGUUGCCAAGGAAGUUCUUGAAGGGCCACCUCACUACCUUGUGGAGUCUGUGGUUGCAAUCACUGUUCUCACAAAUCAUCCACAAAUAUCUGUUAUUCGUGUGAAGGUUGCAAAGCCUCAUGUUGCAAUUCAUGGUCAACUUGAUUACUUAGGCAUUGAGAUCGUUAGACACAGAAGUGAUUUGCCAGUGUAGAACUUUCAAAUUUUACUGCUGCAGUUUUUUCUAAAAAGUGAAGAAUGAAAUGAAUAAACAUAUUACCUAUCAAGUGAGUGACUGGGUUCAUUGUUAAAAACUAAGUCCAGCUAGAAAAUCAUCUUAAAUCAUAAAAUGCAAUGUGUAAUGUUUGAAAUAACGUGUUUGAAGUGUGUAUCAUAUGCACAUUCAUACAUAUUGUUUUUCUUAGAACUCAAACACACACUGUUACUAGAUAGUUUAGUUGCUAUUCUUGUUUUUACAAAAUUCCACCUUAUGCAA